GUCGAUUCACUCUGGCUCCCUCGCUCACUGGCCCGCUUCGCCGGCUCGUCCCUUUGUACCUGUCACAUCCGCCGCACCGCACAGCCUGCGCUUGCACUCAGCUUCGGUCCUGUUCGGGUGACGAUGAGAUGUGCGAUCCUCUCUUUGGUGUCACAUUGGCGGCAUUGGCGUAUGUCGGUCGUGGCGUCGUCCACCUAGAGAAGCCGCACGGACGCCCAUUGCAAGAAGAAGCAAAAGCCAAGGAUGAGGCCAGGGCAGCGGCGGAGCGAGGAGCGAAGAGCGAGAAGCAGCUGCUACUACGGGCGGCAAUGGGCGUCCACAUUGGUCAAUGUAGUGGAAGCGGGAGACGGACAAAGAGAUGCAAUCGCUUGGCCGCUGUCGUCUUCACAUCGAAGACCGUAGGCGGACGGGCGCACUGCUCGGCGUUAUCAAGAGAAUGCUUGCCCGAGACACAUUCAGUGAUUUCAACGAGUUUCCAGUGUCACACAGAGACGACGUCACCCGCCAUAGCAUCGCCCUCCGCAGGGUCAGUCCACCAUUCAUUAGCCGCAAUCGUCUGCUGUAGCAUCAACUUGUCUUUCUCCUCUCCUAUCAUCGAACCGCCCCUGCCUUGACUCUUGGCGGGCACCACCUCCUCUUCCUAUCAGUCCUGACGACGACGACCAGCGACGAGACGACUGCUACGAACGACUGCGACGAACGGUCACGACAGUGCGCUAUAGAGGCUCCUUCACCUCAUCUUGAGCUCUGACGACUUACGACAAACGGCGAC